AUGGACCUCAUGGUGGCCAACUUCAACAAGACGGCGGCCACGGCCCCCCUCCCACCCAUGGGAUUCACCGAGAACUUCUCGCCGACCUUCCUCUCUUCCGGAAACCCGUGCCUGGACUUCUUCUUCCACAUCGUCCCCGACACGCCGCCGGAGGCCCUCGCAGAGCGCCUCAAGCUCGCCUGGGAAGACGACCCGCUGAAGGCCCUGAAGCUCGUCUGCAACCUCCGAGGCGUUCGCGGCACAGGCAAGACCGACAGGGAGGGCGGCUACACGGCGGCGCUGUGGAUCCACAAGAACCACCCCAAGACCCUUGCCUGCAACGUCGCCCCCCUGGCUAAGUUCGGCUACUUCAAGGACCUCCUCGAGAUCCUAUUCCGCCUAGUCGAGGGCCCCGACGCCCGUACACUGGCUAAGGCGGCUUACCGGAGUUGGAAAUCGAGGGCUUCACGCCGGGCUCGCGAGCUUGCCAAACGCCGGCAGGCCAAAAAACCCAAACAGAUGGCCCCACAAUAUGGCGGCAUAAGGAAGAAGACCCAAGGUCGGAUGAGGAGGAGAUCCAACCGGCCGAGCAACUCGAAUGAGAGCCCAAACCAGCCGAAACUAAGCAAUGAGGAGAAGAGGCUCGAGCGGGCAAAGAAGGCCUUUGAGAGGUUCAGCCGCGACCCGGAUUACAGAUUCCUUCACGAGCGUGUGUCGGAUUACUUUGCCCUGUGCUUGCGGUCGGACAUGGAGAUGCUAAACUCCGGCCAAUCGAACAAAAUCAGCCUUGCCGCUAAGUGGUGCCCCUCCCUCGACUCCUCAUACGACCAGGUGACUCUGCUUUGUGAGCCCAUUGCCAAGAAAGUCUUCCCGAGGGAGGAAUUUCCGGAAUACGAAGGAGUGGAGGAGGCCCACUAUGCGUAUCGUGUUCGCGACCGUUUACGUAAGCAAGUGCUUGUCCCGCUUCGUAAAGCCCUCGAGCUGCCGGAGCUCUACAUGAGCGCGAAACAGUGGAGUACUCUCCCUUACGGCAGGGUGUCCUCUGUUGCCACGAAAAUGUACAAGCAGGUGUUUCUGGAGCAUGAUCAGCAAAGGUUCGGAGAGUAUCUCGAGAAGGUGGAUAAGGGUGAGGCCAAGAUUGCCGCCGGAGCAUUGCUUCCGCACGAGAUAAUCGCCGGGCUUGGAGACGGUGACAACGGCCAGGUGGCAGAGCUUCAGUGGAGGAGAAUGGUGGAUGACCUGGCAAAGAAGGGGAAGAUGAGCAACUGCCUAGCGAUUUGUGAUGUUUCGGGGAGCAUGACGGGUGUCCCGAUGGAGGUUUCGGUGGCUCUUGGGGUUUUGGUUUCGGAGCUUAGCGAGGAGCCGUGGAAGGGGAAGCUCAUCACAUUCAGCGCAGACCCCAAGAUUCAAGAUGUGGUGGGGUCGAGUUUGACAGAGAAGACGAAUUUUGUAAGGAGUAUGGAGUGGGGUAUGAACACUGAUUUCCAAAAGGUGUUUGAUUUGUUGCUUGAAGUUGCCAUGGCCGGAAAGCUCAAGCCGGAGCAGAUGAUCAAGCGGCUUUUGGUGUUUAGUGACAUGGAGUUUGAUCAGGCACGGUACAAGGGCGGUGGGUAUGGUCGGUUUGGCGGUGGGUAUGGUUGUGGGUAUGGCGGUAUUCGGUUGGGCCCACCACCAUCAUAUACUUUACCGGGCGUUGUUGGGACUCCCAGCACGUGGGAGACUGAUUACGAGGCGAUUGUGAGGAAGUUUGGGGAGAAGGGUUAUGGGGAAUGUGUGCCGGAGAUUGUGUUUUGGAAUCUGAGAGAUUCUCCGGCGACUCCGGUGGCGGCAGGGCAGCCGGGAGUAGCGCUAGUGAGUGGUUAUUCGAAGAAUAUGAUGAAGGUGUUUUUGGAGGAAGGUAGGAUUAUCAGUCCCCAGGCUGUUAUGGAUCAGGCUAUUGCGGGCAAGGAGUAUGAAGAGCUGGUUGUGCUGGAUUGA